AGGAUUUCAUUUGAAUUAUUCAACCUCUGAUGAAUUUCCUCCUUUUUCUUGUAUUGUCUUUAGAUUUUUUUUUCUUAUAUCAACAUAUUUACUACUAAAUACAAUUGCUUGUGUUUCUCCAUUGUAUGCUGACAGUUUCACUUUUCUCGUCAAACUUCUCGGUCGCUCCAAAAGCACCCUUAGUUGUUGGAGAAGCAUAGCAAAACGGAAUAAAAUGUAAGCGUGUACAUAAGUGAGCAAUGAAAAAUUUACUAGCAAGAUGAGUCGCUUCCAAUAAUCGGAUAUUAUGUUAUUACAUUUUCUCCAUUUCUCUCUUUCCGCUUACAUAUACAUGUGCUCUGCGAACUUUAACUUUUUCAUAUUUUUUAAUCGGUUACAGCUAAACCCGACAUUUACUCGAGGGAGAAAUUCAAUUUUAAAUUAAUUAUUUGCCAUCGUACAACUACUAAAUUCACUGUCCUCGAAGGCGAGCGGUAUCGUAAUCGUUUUUGCUUUUAAUAUGUCCGCGAGCUUCCAAGAAUUAAUGCGAUUGGUGAGGGGUAAUUACAAUUGAUCGCUACUGUCUCCGCUUCAUCGUCUUCGCUAUGGUUAUUCAGUACGUUUGUCGUUAUCACGCAAAGCACGCAACGUCUGCUUUCUAUGCGUUUACGUUACUAUCUACUUUGACAAUAGCAGCGAUCUUGGAAAAGCGAUGAAGCGCGCAACUACCAUUAGCUUCCCCGUCGAAAUCGGUCUCCGUUUAACCGGCAUGUGGCCGGACUCGGCCUAUCCGAAUGUCUAUUGGUCUAUGUACAUGACGAUGAUUGUGAUAUUGCAAUAUUAUCAAUAUUCGUACAUUGUUGCGCAUUUUAGCAUGAGUAAUCUUACAACUUUAGCUGAAUGCUUGGGUCUCACCCUGACGAACACGCUCGCCCUUAUUAAGCUAUUUUUUUUACGGUGGAACCGCAGGAUAUUCCACAAUAUCCUGGCAGCAAUGGAUGAAGACUGGAAUGAUUGCGUUGUCAACGAUUCUUGUUCCACCAUGACGUCAAUCGCGGCUAAAACGCGUCGGUAUUCCAUCGGGUUCAUCGGUAUCAAUAAUUUAGCUGCUUUCUUCUUAACAGUCGUUGCUUACAUGGUUCACACAAUGAACAAUGCUGACAGCGAAGCUUCCCGAGAACUCCCAGUGAAAAUGGAGUUCCCUGUUGCGGUCCUAAAAUCACCGCUUUUCGAGUGCAUCCUCGGCAUACAAAUUUUUUAUGAACUGUCGACGUCUGCUAUAGCUGGUAUGGUAAACGCGUUGCUUGCUACAUUGAUACUUCAUGUAAGCGGCCAGAUCGAUAUCAUGCGGCAAGCUAUAACGAAAGUAUACAGCGACGAAUUCGGUACAUCUUUAACCGUCAUCGAUGAUGUCAUUCGAAGACACCGGAAGAUCAUUACUUUGUCGAACGACAUCGAAACUUUAUUUUCGGCCAUUGCGCUGAUUCAACUCCUGUGGAAUACUUUAACCAUCUGUUUCACUGGUUUUAUGAUGAUACUUGCUCUCAGUAGCAAAAAAGGCAUAAUAAUUUUGGCAAAGCCGUUUUUUCUUUAUUUUGCAAAAACAGUAGAGGUCUUCGUAUUCUGUUACGCAGGAGAGUUUUUGAGCUCCAAGAGUAAAUCGAUUAACGACGCCGUAUAUGAGUCAGUUUGGUACAACAUGGAACCGUCCGACAGUCGGAUUUUGUUAUUCAUAAUGAUGAGAUCGCAGAAGCGACUGACAAUCACCGCGGGGAAAACUUUUGAUCUUACUUUAGAAGGCUUUAUGAGCCACAUGCAUGGACAUACGGUUUCCAUGAACGGACAACUGUUUCGUGAGUUUCCGAUACAAAUACAGUUUCCGUUUGACGUUUACAAAACGCCCGUUUACGAGCUCAUCAGCGUGGGGUUGUUCUUCCAUGUGUUGGAAAUGGGGAUCGUAAUGGCGAUGGUGAAUGCCUUGAUCUUAACGUUGGUGCUUCACGUAAGUGGACAAAUCGAUAUCAUGUGUCAAGAGCUAAAAGAGAUUCCUUCCACACUCCAAUCCAGCUCAGUAUCCGUCAAAACUCUUGUCGUAAGACACCAGAGGAUCAUAUCGUUGUCGAAGAACAUCGAAAACCUUUAUUCAUUUGUUUCUCUGUUACAAUUCGUCGGAAAUGUUUUUGUUAUUUGUACCUUAGGAUUCAUGGUCGUUAUAUCUUUAAAUAGCAAGGCGAGUAAUUCCGGAAUAGUGAUACGAUUUGUUAUUCCGUAUCUCGUAGCGACUAUAGAAGCGUUUGUACUUUGUUUCGCCGGCGAUUAUUUGAGCACCAAGAGCAAGGCUAUCGGCGAUGCGGCGUAUGAGGUGGUUUGGUACGAUUUGUCUACUAGCGAGUGCCGAAUUCUGUUAUUCGUGAUCCUCAGAUCUCAAAAGCAACUGACGAUCACGGCUGGAAAAAUCGUGCAUCUGACAUUGGAAAGCUUUAUUACUGUCAUGAAGGCUUCAGCCUCAUAUGUUUCGGUUUUAUUUGCGUUAUAUUGAAGCGCGAAUAAAUCUAUGCAGGACUCACGUAUAUCGCUGAAUUGUCGUGACGUAAUGAUGUAUAUUUGUAGAAAGUUUAAUAGAGAGAUGAUUAUUAUAAUAUUAUAUCGUGCAGAUUUUCAUUUCUUUUCAACAACCGUAGUUUAAUCCUAUUUAUAAACUUAAUAAAAUAUGUAUCUCUGUCUGU